AUGGUCCCAAACCUGGGCCAAGUGCCAUUCUUGGCCAUCACUUUUUUGGUUUUAGCAGGUAAGAGACUUGUGUUUGUAGGGAUUUGAAAUUGAUCUGGGAGAGUCGGCGAAUGAACAGGCCUUGGAUGGAGAGGUUUAGAUAAUUUAGAGACGAGACAUCUGUAAGGAGUAAAAUAGGAAGAUCUAGAAGUGAUCUCCAAAUCCCUAAAUGAUUUGGAGAUUCUUGAUUCUGUUUAAAGCCCUAAGUAUUGUGUAAACACGCAAUAUAGACUUAGAUGUCUAACUCCGGAUAGUUAAAGCAGUCAUCAGGCCUUACGUGUUCCACUGAACACGGGAAAUGAGAAUUUGUGUCAUCAGCACACAGCCAGCAGGAUUUUUUUUUCUUGGCUUUAUGAUGACAUAAGGUGUCUCUACAAAAAAAUUGUCCUGUAAAUAUGCAGCUCACUUUCUCUAGAUCUCUUAUAUGAUUUGAAAAGUUAAGACCUCUUUUCCUGAAGCAAUAAUGGCCUUUCAUAUCAUAUCCAUGAGCUAUCUCUGGCGGCCGAUAUCGAUCAGUUCACAUAGCUUUUGGAUUCAAGUUAUGUGAACUGCCUGGCAAUCUAAGUUCUUUAGCUUGCCAGCUAAAAGGGUUAGACCAUCAAAAGACUUGCUGCAUGCUUACAUCAGACCUCCCAAUGGCCUCUAAACUUAUUUCUUUUUUCUAAAAACUUUCGGCGAGAUUUUGCGUCUAACAAUAAGAACUACCGGAUUUUCAAAAUACGAUAAUGCUCACUUAUUCUAUAUAACUUUAUACUUGCAAACCGUCCUUGAUUUCAUAACCCUUGUAAACAAGAGAGUUCAGAUUGUUUCCAAACACCCUUUGGCUGGUCAUUCCCCCUUUUUUCAAGGUUGUUACAAUUACUUUCUAAAGAGACCUAUAACUUUCCAUUUUGUAAAAAGUCAUCUCCCACGCACUUCAGAAUUCAACGAAUUUGUUUGAAAAAAGAUUACAAUUUAACGCAAAAUUCAGCAAAUUGUUGUGCUGUCUGUUAAGAGAAGUGUAAACUCAGGUUUGAACUAAAUUUGAGGUAAUCUUGAGGUUAAAGGAGUAACUAAAAGUGCGUUAGAAGUUUCGGAAUGUUUGGAAUUACGGGUUUCUUGAGGGGAAAUUGGCCUUGACUCAUUGCUGAGGAGGAAAAGAGACGAAACACAAGGUCUAGAAGACAGAACAUAGAUCACAAAUAUAUAAGUAAUACAGUCAAGUACUCCUACUUUGAUCGUUUCCAAAUAAGGGGGUUUUUAGUGGAGUGAAUGAAAAUAAAUGUAACCUAAAGAUAGCAGCAGAGUUUUGGCAUAUAGAAACCGCAAAAUACCAUGUGUGGCCUAGACAAAACGCGUGUGCGAAACUAAAAAAACAUGUCAAAUCAUCCUCGCUUCCAUUGCUGGCCGUUUUGUAAGACCAGUAUUCAACCUCUCCCAAACAUUUUCAUAUCUUUUAUUAAGUGCCUAGAACAAUAUAAAGCUUAAUUUGCAGCAGUCCACGCAUCAGACGAUAACCCGAUCACCCGCAACUUUAGUUGUCAGCCCAAUGGUUGCUGCGAUCAGCAUGAAUGGUGCAGAUUCUGGGCCUCCAUGGGAGAGUGCCGCUCGAAUCGAAAUUGGAUGGAUCGGAACUGUCAAUUGGCCUGUGGAAGUUGUAAAAAAGGUAAAUCUACAGUACGAUAGUGUUAGCGUAUACAAACUUAUGUUACUCCAGAUUUGAUGUGUAAAAACCGGAACAAAAGUCAUUCUGUUUUUAUUUACAAAACUUUUUAGUGGGGCUACUACUUUUGAAGAGAAUGAUGAUUUACUGCUUAUGAAAGUUGACGUUCCAGAAUUCGCUGAAACGGAAUCAAUAAAUUAGAUAUUAAACUUGCAAAAAUAGGGAAGAGAAAGGGUGGAAAAUAAGUGAGAAACAUUUUUGAAAAACAACUUGUAAAUUUAGAACAUGACAAAAACAUUACUGCAGGUUGGUAAUCGAGUUAGAAUUUUCAAAAAAAAUUUACAAAACGGCCUAAAAUACUCGAAGAUUGCGAGUGAAUUUAGAAUAAGAUAGAAAUGGGAGUUAAAAGUAUCAAAAAGUAUCCAAAAUAAGUUUAAAUCUCUUUAGCGCCCUUUAUCCGGCCGACAGUUCGGCCGACCACUCUCCGAACAGGCGCUCCAUCCCCUGCACCCACCACUCGCAGAGUGACCAGACCCACCACAACGACUACCAGAAGGACCACUUUCUCCACUUUCACCUUCCCUCCUACCACAACAACCAGAAGAACUUUCCCUCCAACCACGUCCACCACGACCACCAGAACCACUCCCAGAACCACUUUUACAACUCCAACCACUACUCGGACAACUACUCAAUUCACAACUACUGUCCAGCCGGCCAACAAUCCCUUGGCCAGAUGUCGGCAGAUCAGAAAUGACCCGAGUUUGGCCGCUGAGGUUUUGCUGAGAGAACGGCUGAUUUUCCCGAAGGAGGGUGGGUCAUUUUAAGAACUCUAGAUGUCAUGGAUAAUGUCAGAAAACUCUUUUUUCUAAAUCUAUGACCUUUUUAAUGUUUUCCAUUCGAUUUCCUCUUCGUAGUCUCGCGAUGCACGAAUUCCUUUCCAAAAACAGUUGCAAAUUUAGUAAUUCCUUUACAGAAUUUGAAACAGACGUUUUAAACAGUGCAAGGCCUCUUCCAAAUUAACCUCUAAUGCAUUUUUGUUUCAUCCAAACACACACAAAGAUAAAAAAAAAUUGAAAAGUUUAGAAUCAAAUUUGCAGAUAUUUCUGGCCGACGAACAAUGCUGGGAAUGGACAAGCUGAUCAGAUCGAAUGUGGCCAACGCCUGUGUCCCCAGACUGGACGAUGCGGAGUGCGAGCGAUCUCUUUGUUACAACCUGUUCUUCCGAACCAUGGACGGGACUUGCAAUAACUUCAAUCAGCCCCUCAGGGGAGCCGCGUUUAGGCCGUAUUCGAGAUUGAUGGCGCCGGAAUACGAUGGAGGACUCAGCGAGCCUGUCUGUAAGUGAGAACAUCUUUGAGUCACUGUCUAUAUUCCUUAAAUUGUCCAAUUAAAAUAUAAGUUCUUUCCUUAAAAAAAUAAAUUUAAAUUUUGCAGCAUCCCUCCGAGUGACCCGUCCCAGUCCCAGAGAAGCGAAUCGUGCCAUUCUGUCCACCUCGAAGGCUGUUCUGACCCAAGAUUUCAACUCCCUGCUCAUGCAGUUUGGCCAAUUUAUUGUGCAUGACAUGGCCAAGACCACACUUGUUCCCUCGGCCAAGUGCAAUGUCUGUCAGAACAUCCCUGGCCGUUGCAUGGCCGUAUUUGUCACUCCUCAAGACCCCAAUCCCAGCUUCAGAAGGGACGUUUGCAUUCGUGUCUCCAGAUCCUCGGCUAUUUGUGGGUCCGGAAGAACGAAGCCAAGGCAGCAGUUGAAUGAGAACACCGGCUACAUUGAUGCGUAAGUUGAUGGAGAAAUUGUCGUUAUUCACUUGGCAAUGAGGUGAAAUAUAAUGUUGUUUAGCUCCCCCAUUUACGGCUCUUCCAUCGAAGAUAUGCACAAAUUCCGCGAAGGAAACACCGGGUUCCUGAAGACCAGCAACUUUAAUGGCCAGAAGACCUUGCCUUUCGACACUUCCCAAUGUCGUAGUCGGAACGAUUGUAAGGCUGUGUUCGUGGCCGGAGAUUCCCGCGUCAAUCUUUUCCUCGGCCUGACCUCCUUCCACUUGUUGUUGACCAAAGAGCACAAUCGACUGGUCAGUAUGUUGCAGCGAAUCAAUCCGCAUUGGAGCGGGGAUCGGUUGUACCACGAGGCCCGAAAGAUUGUUGGAGCCGAAGUUCAGGCCGUCGUUUAUCGAGAGUAUCUGCCGAAGGUGCUGGGAUCAGCAUUCGCCUCGACUGUGGGACAAUACAGAGGGUAUAAUCCGAACAUUGACUCGACAAUUGUCAACGAAUUCACUGCCGGAGCUCAUCGAUUUGGUCAUGGAUUUAUUCAGGUGAGAAUUGAGUGUUGGGUUGGGGUUACUGUAACUGAAGUUUUCUAAAUUUCUAUGACUUACAAUCUAUGUUUUAGGAAUUCUACCCUCGAUUGGAUCAAUUCAACCGUUCCAUUCCUCAAGGUGGAUACAACUUUGUCCAGGGUACCCUCCAUUCCGAGAGAUUUGUCUUUGAAGGAGGAGCUGAUCCCAUUUUGAGAGGAAUGAUGUUCACUCCGUUAAAGAGACCCCAGCGAUUGACUCCCUCAAUUACUGAGCAAAUGUUUGGCAGUACGGACUUGGGAACUAUCAAUAUCCAGAGAGGAAGAGAUCAUGGACUUCCAUCUUAUCUUAAGUUCAGACAAUUGUGUGGAUUGAGUUCACCACGAGAUUUUGAUGGAGUAAGUCAUGUAUUUGAAGUAUUACCAUACAUUUUAUUUCUAGUUAUCGAGAGAAAUUCUGUCGGAGAACGCAAGGAAUAAUCUGAGAAGAAUUUAUGGAUCAGUUGGUAAGUUGUAGGACCUUAUUUCAGCCCCUGUUUUACUUGAUGACCUACUGAAAUUUAAUUAUAGAAAAUGUCGACUUCUAUGUUGGUGCAGUCCUGGAAGAUCCCGUAGUUCGAGGCCUCAUUGGUCCCACUUUAUCGUGUGUGGUCGGCCCACAAUUUGCUCGAUCGAGAGAUGGGGAUCGGUCGGUUUAUCAUGAUGUUAUCUAUGACGACCUUUGCUGAAAUUAACCUCAAAUUCUUGCAGGUUCUACUUCGAGAACCCCGGAAUCUUCACUCGCGCCCAAUUGGCCGAGAUUCGUCGUUCGUCUUUGUCGCGAAUCAUCUGCGACAACUCGGACACGAUCAACACCGUGCCCAGAGAAGCCUUCCGACUUCAGCCCGUGGUCGGAUGCAACGAAAUCCCUCAGAUGGACCUGACCAAAUGGAGAGAUUAA